AUGGCACCUAUCGGCGUAGCCAUGAUUGGCGGCGGCUUGUUUGCCAAGCAGGAACACAUGCCGGCCAUCAUGAAGUGCGACAAUUUUGCCCUCAAAGCCAUUUACUCCCGCUCCCUCAAGUCGGCCCAAGAGACGGCAGCUCUCAACACUCGGGAGUCAACGCCGGACCUCUACUCGUCCGACUCCGGACCGGGCAAGUCUUACAAUGACCUCCUCGCCCGCGACGACAUCGCCGCCGUCAUCUUGGCACUCCCGAUCAUGAGUCAACCCUCCCACAUCGAGGCGGCACUUACAGCCGGCAAGCACGUCCUCGCCGAGAAGCCUCUCGCACCGACAGUCGAGGCGGGGAAGAAGCUUCUCGAGUUCUACCGUCGCACCGCAGAGGCCAACGGCGCGACGUUUGCCAUCGCCGAAAACUUUCGCUUCAAGCCCUCGUUCGAGUACGCGGCGACCGAGGCGGCCAAGCUCGGAAGCGUCCAGCAGUUCAACGUAAGGGUGCUAGGCUACAUGGGGGCCGACACGCAGUGGUACGGCACCGCGUGGCGGGCGAAGCCAGAGUACCAGGGCGGGUUCCUGCUCGACGGCGGCGUGCACUUCGCGGCGGCCACGAGGAUGCUGCUCACCACGCGCGCCGCGGACGUAAGGGCGCAGACGGCGCAGACCCAGCCUCACCUGCCGCCCAUCGACACGGUCAACGCCGUCGUGCGGCUCGAGUCCGGAGUUAGCGGUGUCUACCAGCAGUCGGCGGGUUCGAGGUUGAGUGCCUUUGACUUUGACUUUUCCUACGAGAAGGGCACGGUGAGUGUGUCUGGGGACAAGGUGACGGUUACGCCCCUGGAGGGUGAGGCGAUCGUCAAGGAGUUUGAGAGGACCACUGGUGUAAGCGAGGAGGUUGAGGCGUGGGGGAAGGCGUUGGUGGCAGGGAAGCCAGAUGAGAGGCAAAGUGUGGAGAAGGCAUUGGGAGAUUUGGAGUUUUUGGAGCAGAUGUUUGAGAGCGGCUCCAAUGGGGGUGAAACCAAGAAGUAUGAGCUCCAGUGA